CCACGCGUACUUCUGAUCUCCUCCCCUGACCAUCUCUUACUAUUAUACUCUUCUCCUCACAGUCACAGUAGUUCAAAAAUUAACAAAAAUCACCAUAAAAAAAACCAACAAAAUUUCUUAAAGAAAAAAUGUCAGGUGGGGUUGGUCCAUCUAGUGACAUUCUUAAAGAUGAUAACUUUUCACCUGAAGACGUGAAGAAUUCCCAGAAAAAACCACAACAGCAAGAAAACAGAGGAUUCUUCACUUUCCGACAGCUCAACAUCCUCGCCCUCAUAAUCAUCUUCUCUUCUAGUGGCAUGGUGAGUCUUGAAGAUUUUGCUUUCGUCCUAUUCUCCCUAAUUUACAUCUACUUCAUCUCCAAAAUUGCCUUUCCUCUAAUUUCUCCUAAAACAGAGCUUUCCCCUGUUUUCGGAGAGAAAAACAGAGCAUUAAAUAUUUACGUCUCAAUUGGAGCUCUGAUAGGAUUAUUCCUCCCAGUACUUUAUAUUUUCGAAGGAAUUUAUGAGGGAGAUAAAGAAGGUAUCAAAGCAGCAGCCCCGCAUGUUUUCUUGCUGGCUAGCCAAGUUUUCAUGGAAGGAGUGACGUUUACCGAUAAAUUUUCGCUGCCUGUAAGAGUUUUUGUUCCAGUUUUUUACAAUUCGAGGAGGAUUUUUACGAUUAUGGAGUGGUUGAAGAGUGAAAUAUCUAAAGUAGAUGAAGAAUAUGGAGGGAAUUUGAGAAGGGUGUAUAUGGGUAGAGCUUUAGCUUCUGCGAAUAUGGUGUUUUGGUGUUUUAAUUUGUUUGGUUUCUUGUUGCCUGUGUAUCUUCCUAAGGCCUUUAAGAUAUACUACUGUGGCCGCAAAUUAAAAGAUUGAUUAAUGUAUAAUUAUUUUCUUUUGGCCUUUUGUU